AUGGUGGUUCUCAAAAUCCGAGACCAGCCUCCUCUGCUGAAAGCCAUUUUCAGUGUUGAUCCAGAAGAAGUACGAGCUCUUAUUUUCAAGAAAGAGGAUGUGAAUGCACAGGAUAAUGAAAAGCGAACUCCUCUACAUGCUGCUUCUUAUCUUGGAGAUGCAGAAAUUAUAGAUACACUAAUUCUUUCAGGUGCCAGAGUUAAUGCCAAAGACAACAAGUGGCUCACUCCUCUGCACCGGGCUGUGGCCUCCUGUAGUGAAGAAGCAGUCCAGGUCUUGCUGAAACACUCAGCUGAUGUAAAUGCACGAGAUAAGAAUUGGCAGACUCCACUUCAUGUUGCAGCAGCGAACAAAGCAGUGCGCUGUGCGGAGGCUUUAGUGCCUCUGCUCAGUAAUGUGAAUGUGUCGGAUCGAGCCGGAAGGACCGCGCUGCACCAUGCAGCCUUCAGUGGGCAUCUGGAGAUGGUGCGCCUGUUGUUAUCGAGAGGAGCCAAUAUCAAUGCUUUUGACAAAAAGGACCGUCGGGCAAUCCACUGGGCAGCUUAUAUGGGUCACAUAGAAGUUGUGAAGCUGCUGGCCUCUCACGGAGCAGAAGUGGCCUGUAAAGAUAAGAAAUCGUACACCCCUUUACAUGCAGCGGCCUCCAGUGGCAUGAUCAGCGUGGUCAAGUACCUCCUGGACUUGGGCGUGGAUAUUAAUGAGCCUAACGCCUACGGAAACACCCCCCUGCACGUGGCCUGCUACAACGGGCAGGACGUGGUGGUGAACGAGCUGAUCGAGUGCGGCGCCAACGUGAACCAGGUGAACGAGAAGGGCUUCGCUCCGCUGCACUUCACGGCCGCCUCACGUCACGGGGCAUUGUGUCUGGAGCUGCUGGUCUGCAACGGAGCGGACGUCAAUAUCAAGAGUAAAGAUCGAAAGACUCCUCUUCACAUGACAGCUAUCCACGGAAGGUUUUCUAGGUCUCAAGCGAUUAUUGAGAAUGGUGCUGAGAUCGACUGUGAAGACAAGAACGGAAACACACCUCUGCACAUUGCGGCUCGCUACGGGCAUGAGCUGCUCAUCAACACGCUCAUCACAAACAGAGCUGAUACAGCCAAACGGGGGAUUCAUGGUAUGUUCCCUCUGCAUUUGGCUGCUCUUAGUGGGUUUUCUGACUGCUGCCGAAAGCUUCUGUCAUCAGGCUUUGAUAUUGACACCCCUGACGACUUGGGCAGGACGUGUUUACACGCUGCAGCUGCCGGCGGAAACCUGGAUUGUCUGAAUCUCCUCCUCAACACUGGUGCUGACUUCAAUAGAAAAGACAGCUUUGGGAGGACGCCGCUCCACUAUGCUGCAGCCAACUGUAACUACCAGUGCCUGUUCGCUCUGGUAGGCUCCGGGGCCAGCGUGAACGACCUGGACGAGAGGGGCUGCACUCCUCUCCACUACGCCGCUGCCUCAGACACAGAUGGAAAGUGCCUGGAAUAUUUACUUCGGAACGAUGCGAAUCCAGGGAUACGGGACAAUCACGGAUAUAACGCUGUCCACUACGCCUCUGCGUAUGGACAUCGCCUCUGCCUGGAACUGAUUGCAAGUGAAACUCCUCUAGAUGUGCUCAUGGAAACCUCAGGAACAGACAUUAUGAAUGACUCGGAUGUCAGAGCCCCCAUUAGUCCCUUGCAUCUUGCUGCAUAUCACGGCCAUCACCAGGCUCUGGAGGUACUGGUUCAGUCUUUGCUGGAUCUGGACGUACGGAACGGUCAGGGCCGCACUCCACUGGAUCUGGCUGCAUUCAAGGGCCAUGUGGAGUGUGUGGACGUGCUGAUCAACCAGGGAGCCUCCAUAUUAGUCAAGGACUUCACCUUAAAGCGAACCCCCAUCCAUGCAGCAGCUACAAAUGGUCACUCCGAAUGUUUGCGUCUACUUAUUGGAAAUGCAGAUCUUCCAAGUGCAGUGGACAUUCAAGACGGAAAUGGACAAACACCGCUGAUGCUGUCCGUUCUCUGUGGCCACACGGAUAGUGUGUAUUCUCUGCUGAAUAAAGGAGCUGGAGUUGAAGCUAAAGACAAGUGGGGGAGGACGGCGCUGCACAGAGGAGCUGUGACGGGUCACGAGGAGUGUGUGGAGGCGCUCCUUCAGCACAAUGCAAACUUCCUGGUACGAGACUGUAAAGGACGCACCCCCGUCCAUCAGGCGGCGGCGUGUGGGCACUUUGGGGUGUUGGGGAGUCUGCUGCAUGCUGCGCAGUCAGUACAGACUCUGCCUCCUUUAGCAGACAACCACGGCUACACACCACUGCACUGGGCCUGCUACAACGGUCAUGAUACGUGUGUGGAGGCUCUGCUGGAGCAGGAGGUGUUCCACAAGGCUGUGGGCAGUACCUUCAGCCCUCUGCACUGUGCUGUAAUUCAUGAUAAUGAAGGUGCAGCUGAGAUGUUGAUAGAGACACUGGGCCCUACGAUUGUAAAUACCAAAGAUGGUAAAGACAGGACGCCGCUGCAUGCUGCUGCCUUCACUGACCACGUGGAGUGUCUGCAGCUGCUGCUGAGCCACAACGCGCAGGUCAACUGUGUGGAUGCUUUUGGAAAGACACCUCUGAUGAUGGCGGCGGAGAACGGACAGACCAAUGCUGUUGAGUUGCUUGUGAGCAGUGCAAAAGCAGAUCUCACUUUGCAAGAUGCUGCUAAGAACACUGCUCUCCAUCUCGCCUGUAGUAAGGGACAUGAAACCAGUGCCUUGUUGAUAUUGGAAAAGAUUUCGGAUAGAAACCUCAUCAAUGCCACUAACUCUGCCUUACAGACGCCAUUACACGUGGCUGCAAGAAAUGGUUUAACUGUAGUGGUACAAGAGCUGCUUGCAAAGGGAGCCAGCGUUCUUGCAGUUGAUGAGAAUGGUUACACACCCGCCUUGGCCUGUGCCCCGAACAAAGAUGUGGCCGACUGCCUCGCCCUCAUCCUGGCCACCAUGAUGCCUGUGUCCCCCUGCACCCCAGCGCCCAUUCUUCCUUUCAGUGCCAUCAACCACUACACCACCAGCCCCUCCAAGAGCGUCACCUUCGACAGUCUUCCCGUGCUGCGCAGCGAGCACACUUCCUACUGCAGCUUCAACAACAUCAGCCACCAUGACGGUUUCUUCAAAGACGAGGAGCUCAAUGACUCGGACUCAGAGACUUACUGA